CGGUCUGCCAAUUACCUGGAGUUUGUCGUUUAUCGCGAUUGUUCACCUUGCGCCGUCCGUGCUGAGUUUUGGAUUGCAGGGAUUGUUCGUUCCCCAGCCACCGGCCACCAGCUUUUCUGUCUGAGACUCCUUUCUGAAACUUCAUUCCUUUGAUCUCCAACCAUACCGCAUUCGCACAUCCCUUUGUUAUCACCCUUUCACCGCACCCAAACAAUCGGAUCCACUACCGCCGACAUGGCCACCGACGCCAUGACAGAAGAGUUCCGAAUCUACCUCCAGUCUUGCAGUGAGGACAUGGCCACCCAAAUCAUUGGUGCGCUGCAGCAAGCAGGAAGCCGCGCCGUGCCAAAUGCAGCACCCAGCAUGACUGCCACUGGCUCUGCCGUGGCGAAGACCGAGAAGAAGCAGCGCAAGAAGGCGAAAUCUGAUCUUGAGACCGGAGGGCCAAAGCGACCGCUCAACUCCUGGAUGGCAUAUCGCAAAUACUACAACAGAGUGCUCGCACCACACACUCAGAAAGCGAUCUCAGGCUGCCUGGCUCAGUUGUGGAAAGCAGAUCUUUUCACGGCAAAGUGGGCUCUUCUUGCCAAGGCAUACAGCGUUGUGCGCGGUAGUGGCGAGAAGAAAGAUGCUCCGCUUGACGAGUACUUCACCAUCUGCGCACCACUCAUCGGCAUCAUCCCGCCAGAGAUGUAUCUGGAGAGCAUGGGAUGGCAGGUGCUUCCGCCACAAGAUGGCAAUCCGGAGAAAGUGCCGCAGCUCGUGCGCAGCUUCGAGCCGUCCCUCGACUGCUUUGACGAAGAGCACACCACGACCAAUCUCGGUGUUGAUGACCUAGUCAGCGCCUGCUUCGCUGCAGGCUACGGCCAGCAAAGCAGCAAUGGUCCACAGAGCGCAAGCGCCCACGGCUCACUCACCAUGGCCUCCAGACCCAACACCAACACGAACAACAACCUCCACCAGACUCUUGUCACUGCUCCUCCGUUGCCAGCCUUCAACUUCGACCCAUCACCACUCACAAGCGCACGCGCGGCUGGCCAGGAGACCCUCGACGAGGCGUACAACACUCUACAGUCAGAUGGCUGGAAUUUCGGCCUCGGAGCACAAGUCGAGCAGCCUUUCGACCCCAACGCCUCGAGCGAAGACCAGUGGGACGCAUACGAUCUCACCACCAUCAACAUUCCCGGCUCCGAUGGCAUGGGCGUCGAGCAGUUCGACAUCGAUGAGUGGCUCAACUGAGCCGCGAGACGGCAUCGGGCGCGGUCGCCCUUGCAUACCCCCACAGAUUUGUACAUUGCUUGUCUUGUAAACAGUUUGCGCUGCCCUUCACCACUUGCGCGCGGUGUGAAGGUGUGCACGAAAGUGCUCUGUAAUAAGUAAAUAGCAAAAGUCAAUGCAUCAUACUGCCA